GCCCCGGCCGAUCAGGACGAACCUGAAGCCGGUCCACACCGUUAUACCUACCGCACCGAUGUGGCGUAGCAUACAUCUUAUGCGACACACUCGUAACUACUAACUGUCACACGACGCUUCUCUGGCUUUCCCUGUGUUGCAAGGUCGUCGCGACAAAGUACCUCGCCGUCUAAAGGGCCAGCCGUAGUCGAAACAUUCUGCGCCGCCGAAGUCGAGCGAGCCACACGGCAGCGUCUCAAGAUGGAUUUAUUGCAGUCAGUAGACCCGACCUCGGGUCAGCAAGGCGAUCCCUUCAGGCCCUCCUUCUUCGAACUGAUAGCUCAAGAUCAGCUCCGGGAUCUACUCAAGCCAGCUCUGAGGUAUGUCCUGGCAGUCCUUGCGCAGAGAAAUCCUAGGUACUUGAUAAGGGUCGCCAACCGCUUCGAUGAGGUGUAUGCGCUCGCCAUGUUCGCUGUGGAACGACAUUACUUGACCACGUGGGGCUCUUCGUUCGCCGAAAACUUCUAUGGUUUGCGCAGAAGGAGGAGACCAGGCUUGUCAUCUUCUCGCAGCAAAGCUUUCAGCACAGGUAGUACGCGCACUUCUCUGGCACGCUACGAAAAGCUCCGGUCAAGGGAGAUCAAUCUGAGUCUGUUCUUGCUAGUGGGUGCGCCGUGGAUCAAAUCAAAGCUGCAUGACUAUUGGGAAAGCAUCGGAGGUGGCGCUCCCCAAGGCGGGCUGUUCGAUGAUGAGGAUGAGCAAGGAGACAGCGGAGGCGCCGCCAGACGGUUUGCUGGAACAGCACAAACGAGCCGUACAGAACAAUUGAGAGAAUUGUUUCGCAAGUGCUUCAGAAGUGGCUAUCCUUACGUCGGAGCAGGGUAUCAACUUUGGCUCUUGUCAUAUAACGUGGCCUAUCUGUUCGACAGGACACCAUACUGGAGGCCCUGGUUGCAAGCGAUGCGCGUUGACGUCCGAAGAGUCAGCGCAGAGGACUAUCCUGCCUCCCCACCCCUGCUACCGCCGGAUAUGCCAAACCCGCUACGAUCACCCAUCUCAUUCGCUUUAGCCUUGUUGCGCGCGUCACCUUUCAUCUUUUUUGAAGCGCUCAAGUAUGCUCUCCCCGCUUCCAUCUUCUUCUUCAAAUUCCUCGAGUGGUGGUACUCGGCGGACAAUCCACGUCGAAGACGAGGCGGCUCGCGAGGAGGAGGAGGAGGAGCAGCCGCGAACGGGGGGCCAGCGGGAGCAGAUGGAGAUUUACCGUUGUUCCCUGGCCCGAAGCCUCUCUUGCCACACCCUCAAGGCUGUCUGUACAAACGCGACCCAGCGUACAAGCAGCCCCUUAUCUCCACCACUCGAGCGGCACCCACACGCAAGGUCGAUAAAGACGGUCGACGGGUCCUCAAAGAGACCAAGGAUGUCCUGCUGCACAACGCCUGUCCUCUUUGUGGAAGCACGCCCAUCAACAAUCCUUGCGUGCUGCCUACCGGCUACGCCCUCUGCUAUACUUGCGCUCAUGGCUAUGUCGACGAGCACUCAAGAUGUCCAGUCACUCUUGUCGAAAUUUCUGGUGGCACGGCUGACCUCAGGAGGGUCCUUGGCUGAAUGCAUACAUCAUCACAGCCUCGAAGGGCAGCACGACCACAACACCCAAUGCGAAUCAAGUGUGCGCUGAACCACUGGGACUGGCCUUCGAAAUGUACAUUGCGCGUAUU